UCUUAAUGGACCUGAAUGAAAGGGAUUGUCACUUUGUUUCUCAGAAGGACUUGUAUAUCUGAGAUUAUUUUUAUAAUCAGUCAUUUUAUAAAACCUUGACAUGAUUGCCAGGGAGGAGGAACAGAGCAAUAACUGAAACCUGUGUGUUGGUCCAAGAUGACUUCUGAAGAAAUGGCAGCUUCUGUUGUCAUACCUAUGACUCAGAGAAAAGUGAUUUCUGUCCAGUCGACUGCAGAUGAAAGUAAUGAAAAGGUCUCAGACAUCAGUAUUCCAAUGGCACAUACUGUCAGGCAGAGUGGGCAGACUUCUCAUAGUGUCUCACAACUGAACAAACUUAAAGAAUCCUCUGGCUGCAACUUGCCCCCCAAGGUUCUCUCAAUAGCAAGGGAGAAAAUAGUGAGUGAUGAGAACAGUAAUGAAAAAUGCUGGGAAAAAAGCAUGCCAGAUUCUGUGAAAAACCUUAACAUUAACUGCAAAAACAUGUUGAGAAACCAUCAGCAUGGCCUCCCUCAGAGCCAGUUUUAUGAAACAUGCAACUCUGUCACAGAGGAGGGCCUGUGUUUGGAAACUGGAAUUCCUUCUCCACUGGAAAGAAAGGUGUUCCCUGGAAUUCAGCUGGCAAUAGAUGCAUCUCCCAUGGACGUUAGUCCUUUAGGAAAUCAGUCGGCAAUCCUAGAGCCUGGCAGAGCACACCCUGACAACAACAUGGCAGUAUUUCAUUUUCAUUAUGAAGUUGACAGAGGCAUGUCAGACACUUUCUGUACCCUAUCGGAAAACUUAAUUUUGGACAAUUGUGGAAAUUGUGUACCACUGCCUGGUGGUGGUGGAGAGCAAACGAAAAACUAUGUGGCCUAUAAUGGUAAACUAAUGGAAUUGGCCAAAAACUGUGAUAAUAAGAACGGGCAGCAGCAGUAUGAUCAUUGUGACACUUUGAAUGACAGAUACUUGUGCUUCGAACGUUCUUGCCAGAAGGUUGACAUGAUAUGUUCAAGUGAUGGCUUUUGCAGGGAAGGUUUUACUGACAGCUCUCCUGCCAAGACCUUUUUGAGCCAUUUUGAGGACUUCCCUGAUAAUUGUGAAGAUGUAGAAGAAGACUUUUUAAAAGGCAAAAAGGAGCGGUCUACUUUGUUAGUUAGAAGAUUUUGUAAAAAUGACAGAGAAGUUAAGAAAUCUGUGUAUACCGGCACAAGAGCAAUCGUGAGAACUCUGCCUUCUGGCCAGAUUGGGCUGGUUGCCUGGAGUUACAUUUAUCAGAAGAGAAAUGGUCUCUUACUGCCUGGUGCAAGAAUAAUGGAACCUCUGUCAACGAUGGAGAUAAGACAAGGUGGGAGCCAGCAUCUGUCAGAGUCCUGGUGGUAUCCGAUCUACAAUGCAGUGAGAAGGGGAGAGGAAACAGAAGAUACAGUUGGAUCUCUACUCCAUCUCUUCACAAAGCUCCCAGCCUCUGAGACAGCCCAUGGAGGGAUUAGUGUUGGUCCGUGCCUAAAGCAAUGUGUCCGAGACACCGUAUGUGAGUACCGUGCCACCCUCCAAAGGACUUCCAUAUCUCAGUACAUCACCGGUUCUCUGCUAGAAGCAACCACGUCUUUAGGAGCAAGAAGUGGCCUUCUCAAUACUUUUGGAGGAUCCACCGGACGAAUGAUGCUGAAAGAGCGCCAACCAGGCACCUCUAUGGCCAAUUCCAACACCCUCCCUUCAAGUUCAGCUGGGAUCAGCAAGGAACUGAUUGACCUGCAGCCCCUCAUCCAGUUCCCAGAGGAAGUCGCCAGCAUCCUGACAGAGCAGGAGCAGAAUAUUUACCGGAGGGUCCUGCCGGUGGAUUACCUUUGCUUCUUAACCCAGAACUUGGGCACUCCGGAAUGCCAGAGGUCCCUGCCCUGCCUCAAAGCGUCCAUCUCAGCAUCAAUCCUUACUGCUCAGAAUGGAGAGCACAAUGCCCUUGAAGAUCUUGUGAUGAGAUUUAAUGAGGUGAGCUCCUGGGUGACGUGGCUCAUCCUCACGGCCGGCUCCAUGGAGGAGAAGCGCGAAGUCUUCUCGUACUUGGUGCAUGUGGCCAAAUGCUGCUGGAACAUGGGCAACUACAACGCUGUCAUGGAGUUCUUGGCCGGCCUCAGGUCAAGAAAAGUUUUAAAAAUGUGGCAGUUUAUGGACCAGUCUGACAUCGAGACCAUGCGGAGCCUGAAGGACGCCAUGGCUCAGCACGAGUCUUCCUGCGAGUACCGGAAGGUGGUCACUCGGGCGCUGCACAUCCCCGGCUGCAAGGUGGUUCCGUUCUGCGGGGUGUUUCUGAAGGAGCUCUGUGAGGUCCUCGAUGGAGCCUCCGGCCUCAUGAAGCUGUGCCCACAGUACAAUUCCCAGGAAGAGACUUUAGAGUUUGUCGCAGAUUACAGUGGACAAGAUAAUUUCUUACAACGCGUGGGACAAAAUGGCUUAAAGAAUUCGGAGAAGGAGUCCACUGUCAACAGCAUCUUCCAGAUCAUCAGGAGCUGCAGUCGGAGCCUGGAGACGGAGGAGGAGGACAGCCCCAGUGAAGGGAGCAGCUCCAGGAAAAAUUCCUUGAAGGAUAAAACCCGAUGGCAGUUUAUAAUUGGAGACUUGUUGGACUCAGAAAACGACAUCUUUGAGCAGUCCAAAGAGUACGACUCUCGUGGAUCAGAGAACUCACAGAAGGCCUUCGACCACGGGACCGAGCUCAUCCCGUGGUACGUGCUGUCCAUCCAAGCUGACGUGCACCAGUUCCUGCUGCAGGGGGCCACAGUCAUCCACUACGACCAGGACACACACCUGUCUGCCCGCUGCUUCCUCCAGCUUCAGCCUGACAAUAGCACCUUGACUUGGAAAAAGCCCACCACCGCCUCCCCAGCCAGCACGAGAGCAAAACUUUGUGUGCUUAGUAACACAGCUGAGCCUGGGAAAUUCCCGUUACUGAGCAGUGCUGCACUGAGUGGCCUGGUAGAGGGGGUCUUGGAUCUGUUUUCAGUGAAGGCUGUGUACAUGGGACACCCCAGCAUAGAUAUACACACUGUGUGUGUUCAGAACAAACUGGGGGGCAUGUUCCUGUCGGAGACUGGUGUGACACUGCUCUAUGGGCUUCAGACCACGGACAAUAGAUUAUUGCACUUCGUGGCACCAAAGCAUACGGCUCAAAUGCUCUUCAGUGGAUUGUUAGAGCUCACUAGAGCUGUGAGAAAGAUGAGGCAGUUCCCUGACCAGAGACAGCAGUGGCUGCGGAAACAGUACGUCAGUCUCCAUCAGGAGGAUGGACGGUAUGAAGGCCCAACUUUGGCUCACGCUGUGGAGUUGUUCGGUGGCAGACGAUGGAGUACUCGGAACCCCAGUCCUGGGACAUCGGCAAAGAAUGCCGAGAAGCCCAAUAUGCAGAGAAACAACACUCUGGGCAUAAGUGCCACCAAGAAAAAGAAGAAAAUCCUCAUGAGGGGUGAGAGCGGAGAGGCCACUGAUGAUGAGAUGGCCACUCGGAAGGCCAAGACGCACAAAGAGUGUCGAGGCCGGAGUGGUUCUGAUCCUCAAGACACUAAUGAACAAGAAGAAUCAGAGGUGAAUGCCAUCACUAGCCCUCCCAACCCCCUCCCUUCCAGAAGAGCCCACUCUCUGACCACGGCUGUGUCCCCCAUCUUGGCUGCUGGGACGCCAUCUCCCAUCAGGCCAGUGUCCUCCCCUGUGCUGUCUUCUUCAAACAAGAGUCCGUCCAGUGCUUGGAGCAGCAGCAGCUGGCAUGGGCGGGUCAAAGGAGGGAUGAAGGGAUUCCAGAGCUUCAUGGUUUCAGACAGCAACAUGAGUUUUGUUGAAUUUGUCGAGCUGUUCAAAUCAUUCAGUGUAAGGAGCCGCAAAGACCUGAAGGAUCUCUUUGACCUCUACGCAGUGCCCUGCAACCGAUCGGGGUCCGAGUCGGCCCCACUCUACACCAACCUGACAAUUGACGAAAACACCAGUGAUCUUCAGCCUGACCUAGAUUUGUUGACCAGAAAUGUCUCGGACUUGGGGUUAUUCAUUAAGAGUAAACAGCAGCUCUCAGACAAUCAGAGGCAGAUCUCUGAUGCCAUUGCUGCUGCAAGUAUCGUGACGAAUGGCACUGGGAUCGAGAGCACAUCUCUGGGGAUAUUCGGGGUUGGAAUACUCCAGCUUAAUGACUUCUUAGUCAAUUGCCAAGGAGAACACUGCACUUAUGACGAAAUCCUCAGCAUCAUCCAGAAGUUCGAGCCUAGCAUUAGUAUGUGUCAUCAGGGCCUAAUGUCAUUUGAAGGAUUUGCAAGGUUCCUGAUGGAUAAAGAUAAUUUUGCCUCAAAAAAUGAUGAGUCACAGGAGAACGUUAAAGAAUUGCAACUACCCCUCUCCUACUAUUACAUUGAAUCUUCACACAAUACCUACCUCACGGGCCAUCAGCUCAAAGGAGAAUCCUCAGUAGAACUCUACAGCCAGGUCCUCUUGCAAGGCUGUCGGAGUGUAGAGUUGGACUGCUGGGACGGAGAUGAUGGAAUGCCCAUCAUUUACCAUGGACAUACACUGACAACCAAGAUCCCCUUCAAGGAAGUGGUUGAAGCCAUUGAUCGCAGCGCCUUCAUCAAGUCUGACCUGCCAAUCAUCAUAUCAAUUGAAAACCACUGUUCAUUGCCUCAGCAACGAAAAAUGGCAGAAAUUUUCAAGACUGUGUUUGGAGAAAAGCUGGUGGCUAAAUUCUUAUUUGAGACUGAUUUCUCAGAUGACCCAAUGCUUCCCUCACCUGACCAACUUAGGAGGAAGGUGCUUCUUAAAAACAAGAAGCUAAAAGCCCAUCAGACACCAGUGGAUAUCUUAAAGCAAAAGGCUCAUCAGUUGGCAUCCAUGCAAGCACAGGCUUAUAAUGGUGGGAGUGCCAACCCCCCACCUGCUAGCAACGAGGAAGAGGAAGAUGAAGAGGAUGAAUACGACUAUGACUAUGAAUCCCUUUCUGAUGACAACAUUUUGGAGGACAGACCUGAAAAUAAGUCAUGUAAUGACAAGCUUCAGUUUGAGUAUAGUGAAGAAAUCCCCAAGAGGAUAAAGAAAGCAGAUAACUCUGCUUGCAACAAAGGAAAGGUCUAUGACAUGGAGCUGGGAGAAGAAUUUUAUCUUCCUCAGAAUAAAAAGGAAAGCAGACAGAUCGCACCAGAGCUUUCUGAUCUUGUCAUCUAUUGCCAAGCAGUAAAAUUUCCAGGCCUGUCAACUCUAAAUGCAUCUGGCUCUAGCAGAGGAAAAGAAAGAAAAAGCAGGAAGUCCAUUUUUGGCAACAAUCCGGGCAGAAUGAGCCCAGGGGAGACAGCAUCAUUUAACAAAACAUCUGGAAAAAGUUCCUCUGAAGGAAUUCGACAGACCUGGGAGGAAUUUUCUUCCCCUCUCAACCCAACCACCUCGCUCAGCGCUAUCAUUAGAACUCCCAAAUGUUAUCAUAUCUCGUCGCUGAAUGAAAAUGCCGCCAAACGUCUGUGUCGCAGGUAUUCUCAGAAACUGAUCCAGCACACCACCUGCCAGCUGCUGAGGACUUACCCGGCUGCCACACGCAUCGACUCCUCCAACCCGAACCCGCUCAUGUUCUGGCUCCACGGGAUACAGCUCGUGGCGCUCAACUACCAGACGGACGAUCUCCCUUUACAUUUAAAUGCUGCAAUGUUUGAGUCAAACGGUGGCUGUGGUUAUGUUUUGAAACCUCCAGUUCUAUGGGACAAGAACUGUCCCAUGUAUCAGAAGUUUUCUCCACUGGAAAGAGACCUGGACAACAUGGAGCCUGCAGUCUAUUCUUUAACUAUUGUCUCUGGCCAAAACGUGUGCCCCAGCAACAGCACGGGCAGCCCAUGCAUCGAAGUUGACAUUCUGGGUAUGCCUCUGGACAGCUGCCACUUCCGCACGAAGCCCAUCCACCGAAACACCCUGAACCCCAUGUGGAAUGAGCAGUUUCUCUUCCGGGUUCACUUUGAAGACCUCAUAUUUCUUCGUUUUGCAGUUGUGGAAAACAACAGUUCGGCGGUAACUGCUCAGAGAAUCAUUCCACUCAAGGCUUUAAAACGAGGAUAUCGACAUCUCCAGCUGCGAAACCUCCACAAUGAAGUCUUGGAAAUCUCUAGUUUAUUCAUAAACAGCAGAAGGAUGGAAGAAAAUUCCUCUGGCAGUACGAUGCCAGCCUCUUUGAUGUUUAGUACAGAAGAAAGAAAAUGUUUGCAGACUCACAGAGUCACGGUGCAUGGGGUCCCAGGUCCUGAACCCUUUACUGUUUUCACCAUUAAUGAAGGCACCAAGGCAAAGCAGCUUCUCCAGCAAAUUAUGACAACUGAACAAGAUGCCAAACCUAUUGCCACAGACUAUUUUUUGAUGGAAGAAAAAUAUUUUAUAUCUAAAGAAAAGAACGAAUGCAGGAAACAACCGCUCCAGAGAGCCAUUGGUCCAGAAGAAGAGAUCAUGCAGAUUUUAAGCAGCUGGUUUCCAGAAGAGGGAUACGUGGGCAGGAUUGUCUUAAAAACGCAGCAGGAAAAUCUGGAAGAGAAAAGCAUUGUCCAAGAUGACAAAGAGGUGAUCUUGAGCACAGAGGAGGAGAGUUUCUUCGUCCAAGUGCAUGAUGUUUCUCCAGAGCAACCUCGAACAGUCAUCAAAGCGCCCCGAGUCAGCACCGCACAGGAUGUCAUUCAGCAGACCUUAUGCAAAGCCAAAUAUUCCUACAGCAUCUUGAGCAACCCCAACCCGAGUGACUAUGUGCUUUUGGAAGAGGUGGUGAAAGACACUACCAACAAGAAGUCCUCUGCACCAAAGUCCUCUCAGCGGGUCCUUUUGGAUCAGGAGUGUGUGUUUCAAGCUCAAAGCAAAUGGAAAGGUGCAGGAAAAUUCAUCCUUAAGCUAAAGGAGCAGGUGCAGGCAUCCCGAGAAGAUAAAAAAAAAGGCAUUUCUUUUGCAAGUGAACUCAAGAAGCUCACCAAGUCAACUAAACAGCCCCGAGGACUCACAUCGCCUUCUCAGCUCUUGGCCUCAGAAAGUGUCCAAAAUAAGGAGGAGAAACCUGUGGGUGGCUUGUCCUCCAGUGACACAAUGGAUUAUCGACAGUGACCAAGGGCAGCAUGUUUUACCCAGGUGAAGAUCUUUCAGCAAGAAGUUAAAGUCAAGAGUGAACAUGGUGAAAACAAAUAUAAUUUCAUUAGACUUUAAACUGGAAACUGAUGAUUUUGGAAUUGAAGCCCUCUUCACAUGUGAGGUUCAUGCUGAGGACAAGCAAAAUGGCACAGGGCUAACAGCUACCAACCAAUUGAUGAAUGAAGCAAAGAAGCCCAGGGGAUUGACAUUUUACAAGUGUCAGCAGUUGGAAAAACCAUCUGUAACCUGGUAAUAAUUGAUUUAGAACAAGGGUCACACUUUUUGCCUGUAAUUUGUUGCAACUAAACUCUCCCGUUGUAGUACAAAGCAGCCAUAGAUAAUACGUACAUGAGUAAACAUGGCUGUAUUCCAAUAAAACUUUAUUUGUAGAUACAAAU